CUCCCCCUUCCCUGCGCUCCAUUUUUCUCAGAUUCAAUUUCCGAUCAUCACCAUGACCACUGUUCUUUCCGUUAAAUUCACACCCAUCUCACUACCCGCUCAGCUCAGCAGAAACUCGAGAAAUUUCUUCUGCAAACCACCCUUGUCGCUGUCGUCCAUCUUCAGCCGCAGUUUUACCGCCAAAGUUCGCGCUUCUUCCACCGCCUUCGUUGAGGCCAAACCCGAGGAUCCUAUUGUGGUUGAGAAGGAAGUCGGUGCGGGCAUAAAAAAUUUAGCUUGUCCCAUAUGUUAUAACCUACUAACAUUGGAUGGCCCGGCUCUAUCCCUAGCAACUUCAGCUGGGUCUAGCUUACAAUGUAACACUUGCAAGAAGACUUAUUCUGGGAAUGAAUCGCAUAUUGACCUCACGGCUGCUAGUGGGUCCAAACAAUAUGGGGAAUAUAUUUCCCUCACCACUGAGUUUUUCAGGCUUCCAUUGAUAUCAUUCCUCUAUGAGAGGGGUUGGCGUCAGAACUUCAUAUGGGGUGGUUUUCCGGGUCCAGAGAAAGAGUUUGAAAUGAUGAAGAAUUAUUUAGAGCCAGUUUUAGGUGGAAAUAUCAUUGAUGCUAGCUGUGGUAGUGGGUUGUUUUCAAGACUUUUUGCCAAGAGUGGACUGUUUUCGCAUGUUGUUGCUCUGGAUUACUCUGAGAACAUGCUGCAGCAGUGCUAUGAAUUCAUUGAGAAGGAAGAGAACUUUCCCAAAGAGUACAGUAUCCAAGCUUUAACUUAAAUCAUGCCUUCUAUUGGAUAAAAUCUCCAUGAUAUUGUCUUUGACUCUUCAUUCUAUUAUCUGGAUAUCAUCUAUGAUGGAAUUCCUUUUAUUUAAUUCGUUUUGAAGGAAAAUUACCUUGGUCAGAGCUGACAUCUCUAGGCUUCCUUUUGCUUCAAGUUCAGUUGAUGCUGUGCAUGCAGGAGCAGCUAUACACUGUUGGCCUUCACCGACAACAGCUGUAGCAGAAAUAAGUCGAGUUCUCCAACCUGGGGGAGUAUUUGUUGCUACAACCUACGUACUUGAUGGACCGUUCACCUUUUACCCAUUUGUAAGGAUCUUACGGGAGAAUUUGACCGCAAUCUCAGGCAACCAGAUCUUCUUAUCUGAACGUGAACUUGAGGAAGUCUGCAGAACCUGUGGACUAGUUGAUUUCACCUGUACGAGGAAUCAACUUUUUGUGAUGUUCUCUGCCAGAAAACCCAAUUAAACAUUCGUUAUAUCACUCUGUAUGACAUCCUUAAAAGUAAUUAAAACCUUGGCUUGGAAAGCCAGAUGUAUAUAUGAUAUAUUUCACGUCUUCCAAAAGUACAAGUCUGCAUAUCUUUUGUUACUCUUUGAUCUGUAUAGUUGCUUUUUAAUUUGUUUGAGCUGACAAUCAGUCAUGAGAUGAAUAAUGUUUACCAAACUGAGAUCCUCAAAAAAUAUUUUCAAGCUUU